GCGUUUUUGACUGAAAAGAUUUGAUUUAAUCUCCUCGAUUUGACAAUGGAUUCCCUCUCAGCUAGUCAAUUGUCGGGGCUUAAAAGCGAAGAAAUUAUGGAUCAAAUUAGACAGCAACUUGCUAUUGCUAAUGCUCAACUUGUUAUACAGAAAAUGACGGAGAAGUGUUUUGCUAAAUGCAUAUCAAAACCUGGAUCAUCUUUAGAUAAUUCGGAACAGAAAUGCGUUGCAAUGUGCAUGGACCGAUACAUGGAUUCUCAUAGCGUGGUAUCGACUGCAUACCUCAAUAGAUUGAGACAAUAAAAAUUGUCUGGAGUCAUUUUCAACCCUUUAGAGUACUCUAGUUUUGCCAAAUUUGUUGUCUUUCAUUUUAGAUCAUGUUGGUGGAUUACAUUCCUCAUUCUCAAUACUUAGUGAUACUCUAUGAAUGUCCUAGCCUUUCGUGAUCUGAAAUGUGCGUACAUGUAAAUUGUCAUUACCUUGUUACACCAAAAGGAUAUCUUUUAAAGCCCUAAUCUUGUUUGGAAACAAAGCUGUUACUAAAUGUUUAUAAGGGAUCAUUUUCUUGCCGGCUUCUGGAAUGUUACUGACAUAUUUUCAUUUUAAAAAAAUAUCAGGAGCAAAAGAUUAUGUAAAUGAAUCAACUUGUGCACUUUAUCCACAAUUUCAUUUUCCACUCAGUCAAAAAUAAAUACACACAUUCAUAGUUGAAUAAAAUAGCCUUAAAUUCUCA